UAUAAAAAAGGUAUCAAACCCUUGUCAAAAAUAAUUCCAUUGUCAAAAAUAAUUCCUUCACCUCAAAUACUGAUUCUUGCGUUAAUAAUCUUGGUAGCAAAAGGAGAGUUGAUUUUGUGGGUUUGACAAAAUCUUCAUCCGCGGCACCAACCCAUUAGCAGCCCUAUCUGAAUUCGAGAGAAAGAAAUUUGGUGAUUGUUGAUUUUUUGUUGGAGUGAGUUAUGGGAUCGGAUGAAGGAAUGAGUUGUUCAACUUCCAUUCCUAUUGAUUCCUCCAACCUUGGUUUUAAGUUGUUAAAGAAGCAUGGCUGGAAAGAAGGAACUGGACUUGGCAUUGCUCAACAGGGAAGAUUGGAACCUGUGCCAGCUUAUAUCAAGAAAAAUAAGAGAGGAUUGGGAGCAGAGAAGCCAAAGAAGGCAGCAGUGCACCCAAAAAGUCCCCGACAUUUCUCUGAUAGGAAGAUUUUAAAAGAUGGGGACAAAGAGAGUAAAACAAAGGGAAUGUCUAAAAAGAUGAAGAAAGUAAUGGAGUUUGAGAAGCGGAUGCAGGAGAAAGAAUUUGAGCGAGCAUUCUUCAGGGAAUUCUGGCCAGAUAAUGUUUAGUUAGAUCAGAUGGGUGUUCUGUUCAUUUCAACACAUAUUGAUACUUUUGUAAAUAAAUAUUUUCAAGUCUACAAAAUGUAACAGUAAUUUUACGUCAAUUCCAUUCGCUUAGACAAUUAUUAUCGAGUAUGUGUAUUUUUAUCUUCAAAAUCAAA